AUGGACUCCUACAUAGAGCUGACAGUUCACCACCAUGGCACCCCGUAUUCGCUUCACAUGUCCGCCUCGGCCACGCUACAAGACCUGUCCUCCACGAUCGAGACUACAUUGAACAUCCCUGUCGAGAAUCAGAAGCUUCUGGUUUCCCCGAAUCCAGGCAUGCAGAAGGCGCCAUUUCAACCAACACGCCUCGAUGCCAUUCUUCCUCUCGACUCUCCCAAGUUCAAGAUCACCCUCCUCGGCACUCCAGCCCAAGCCAUCGCAAACCUCCACGAACAAGCCGCCAGCAACCGGCGCCGAGAAGAGGCACGGGCAUCAGCGCUUGCCACAGCCCGGCGAACAAACAAGCCCUCGGUCACGCGCAGCAGCGGCAUCCACACCCUCUCCGACUCCAGCACCAGCUACACCUUCCACCGUCUCCUCCCGCUCUCCUACCUGCCUAACCCCAACCGCUCCCUACAGUUCCUCGAACGGCUCCGCGAUGACCCAGGUAUCCGCGCCGCCAUGUCGAAGCACCAAUUCUCGGUCCCACUCCUGACAGAAAUGAACCCGGCCGAGCACACGACCAGCGAAUCCCGCACGCUGGGCCUGAACCGGAACCGCGGCGAGGUGAUCGAGCUGCGACUGCGCACAGACGCCUACGAUGGCUACCGCGACUACCGUACCAUCCGAAAGACGCUGUGCCAUGAGCUGGCGCACUGCGUCCUCGGUGAGCAUGACCGCGCGUUUUGGGACUUGACUGCACAGAUCGAGCGCGAGGUCGAUCGCGCGGAUUGGAAGUCUGGUGGGAACCGCCUCACUCAGCAGGAGUUUUAUAAUCCUGCAGAUUGGGAGAAUGUGCAGAGUGGCGAGGAGUUUGUGGAUGAGCGUGGUUGGACGGGCGGCGAGUUUGUGCUCGGUGGACUGCGCGAGGAUGAGACUGGGCGUCGGGCUGGGACGCCGGCUAUGGGGACUGAGUCUCGCAGGGAGAUCUUGGCGCGCGCGGCCGAGGAGAGGUUGCAGAAGGAGCAGAAGAAAGGGACGCAGGAUGAUGGCCGGUGA